AUGAAUGGAUACAACUGGCAAAAUGGGAAUCUUCACAGUAAUAAUAACUCACCCACUCCCUUGAACUUUCGUAGCAUACAGCAUCUUUAUCCUGAUCAAUUUAAAAAUAAUUCUGCGGAUCAGUUGAAUCCACACAAUUAUACCCCCAUGGAAGUACAUAGUGACAAUAAUAGCUAUGAUAACAUAUCCCUGUUAAGAGACUUGGAAGAUGGUAUUCCAUUAUCGUUAACUGCCCAAGAAUUAACAUUACAAGAAUCCAAAACAUAUAUGAGGUGGUAUAGUGAUAUACUAGCCAGAACAAAUUCACGAACAAUUUCUAUUCACGAUGUCUAUAAUUUUUUAAACAAUUUCAAGAUUCCAGAGAAGAUCAAGGAAAUAAUCAACAAGAUAUUUUUCAAAAUAUUGCAUUCUAUCAAUAUCGGGGAGUUUUUUGCAUUAUUAAGAUUAAUCAGUCAUACUUUGCAAGGAGAAACACCACUGAGGUCCUUGAUUAAAAUCAAAGCACCAGUACCUACACCGCCGUCAAUCUUAUCAAAAAAAAGGCUACAAGAAGAAGAGGAAACAGACCAAAACCAAGAGCCUCAGCAACCGUUGGAUAUUGAUGGAUUCACACAGUUUUUGUUGACAGGUGAAAGACCUUCAAGUAACAAACGAUCGAAAAAAUCAAAAUCAGUAAAGUUUUCCGAUGAAGUAGAUGUUCAUGAUGCUUCGUUAAUAAGUCCAGCACAAUCCCCUCUACUAGUUGAUCAACUGCAACUGCUGCAACAACAACAACAACAAUUAGAUUAUCUGUUACCUAUGGAUAAAUUACUACAACAAAUGAAAAAGCCUGAUGAGGAGGAGAAAGAAGUGCUUAAAGACAUGGAGUCACAAAUGAACCAUUUUCAAAACUUGAAUGCUGUUGAUACAAUGAGUGUUGGUGGCACACCAUACUUGCAACCCAAUAUGACUGGACCUGCUCAAAUGGCAAGAUUGUUUAGUCCUUCGCCGGAACCGUUGAGACCGAAUGUAACGGGUCCUGCGGAUAUGGCUAGAAUGUUUGCUCCAUCGAAGGAUUCUCAAACUACUACCACUACCAAUAAUAAUAGUAAUGAUUUUAAUGAUUUCAUCACUAAUGACAAUUCUUAUAAUAAUAGUCUUGAACAUAAUUCUGCACCACUGCCACCACAACCAAAAGUUUCACUUUCUGCUUUUACAAGUCAGAUGACUGGGCAAACCAUGGAAAACACCAUUCAAAAUAGUGGAUCUUCUCUGUUGGCCCCGAUCCCUCCACCAUCAAGACAUAGAUCAGCGUCAUCACCAUUACCAAAUAAACCUGUUCCUCCUCCACCGCCACCCAGGAGAAGGAUUCCAGCUCCACCACUCCCAAUUCGAACUUCACCUCUGAAUACUACAGAAAUAUUUUCAAAUACUCAAACAUCAGCACCACCACUACCACCGAAAAUUGCCGUUAAUGGCAACAUGUAUUCAACAAAUAACGAUUCCACGGCAAAUAUUUUGGAUGACUUGAAAGCACUACAAGAGGAGGUGGAUAAAAUACGAGAUUUAACAGGAGGGUUUUAA